CAGUAUCCAAGUAAGCUUUGAGAUGCGCAUCGACAUUUUUGGGAUCGUGCUCGCAGCUUGCGUGGCAUCUUGCCUCGCCAAGUGCCAAUCCAAAGAGGGUGACAUAGCAGAAUCGUACAUAUGUGAAGGGAUCAACAGUCUCACGGAAUUGAACACCAUACCUGCCUUGGCUCAGAAGAUCACGAUACUACAUUCGAAAAUCCAUUUGCUUCCGGCGGGCGGUUUUGCCCGAUUCGCAGGAUCGCUGCAUUGUCUGAACAUAACGCACUCAGAAGUGGCAGACAUCGCGGGCAGCGCUUUCGCAGGAUUAUCGCAGCUCUACGAACUGAUUCUCGAUCACAAUCACAUCACAGUAAUAAAGACGGACUGGAUCAAGGACCUUGGAAACUUGAAGAUCCUCCGCGUUUGGCACAAUCACAUAAAACUAAUCGAACCCGAGGUCUUCGCUCACCUGCCGAACCUCGAACUCCUGGACAUCGCCUACAACCAGAUCGACCAGUGCAUACCACCAGCACACCUCGAGAAGCUUGAAAACCUCGAGGUUCUUUACGUUGCUGGAAACCCAUGGCCACUCAGGUGCCGACCUCCGGUGGCUUUCCACCUUGAGCACCAUCAUGUUCAGUUCAUAAACAACUGGGGCAACAAUCACCUUCUGAUCGAAGACUGCUUGGCUCACGAGUACGGUGCUCAAUGGGACGACCAAAUUUUGGCCAGAUGUGUUGCGAAUCAUCUUGCCAAAUUGUCAGCCCCUUCCAUCGUCCCCGCUCAUUGAUAAACUGCCCGAUAUCCUGAUCCAUUGACGUCAUCUGAGUACGACUGCGAAUUAUAUUUUUACAACUCAUUGUGUAGUUCGU